AUGAGAGCAGUUUUAAUUUGUUCAAGCAUCUUGCUUGCACUCACUCAAGCGGAUAAAAUAGUUUUUGACACUGGAUUGCCAUCUCUCAACGAUACAAGAGCAAAGGUCGUGUUUGCCGGUAUGCAUGGAAGCACCAGUCAUGUUAUUACUAUGAUGCCUUUAGCGACAAGAAUAAAUAAAGAUAACCACUAUGUGCAUUUUUUGCAAAGUGAUAGUGUCCCCAAACCAUUCAACUAUCCUGAACCAAUCGCAUAUACGUAUGUCAAAUUCAAUGAUGAUCCUGAAUUUUAUAAAAGAGUUUUUUCAAAAAUCUGGAAAGUAGAAUAUGGUCCGAAUGAUUUCGUUUACAUGUGGAGAUCCAGUAAUGAAGCUCUUCGUGGUAUGCUACAAUUACAUCCCGAAAAAGUCGAUAAGUUCUUCAACUCUUCAUGGGAUUUUGUAGUUGCUGAUGAGUUGUUCGCCAUCCCAGCUUAUGGAAUAGCUCUCAAACAAAAAAAUAAGGGUGUUCAUUAUGGUAUAAUGGGAACUUGCGCCACUAUGCAUUUGUUCCGUACCCAUUUAUCGUAUGGAUCAAAUUGGAUACAUCGGCCAUCCUUCUAUACUCCAAUUCAACGACGUUUUGACAUGAACGUUUUCUCCCAUCGGCUGCAUGCCUUUUUGCACGGUCUGUGGAUAACUGUUGGAGUCACAUUGGAUACAAAGCUUACAGCAGCAUCCAACUUGCCACUAAUUGGCGUGCACAGCAACAGUGUUGUUCAAGAGUUUGUAUCAAAAUCUUCAUACAUCUUUGUUGAUGCUCUUAACUCAUUAGUUUGGCCACAUCCAAUUGGAAACGACGCGAUUCAUGUAUCUUACGACUGUCCAAGAACUAAAUGCUUGGAUGAGGAGUAUCGAAGUUUUAUGGAGGAUCCUAAGUCCAAAGGAACUAUCAUGAUAGCUUUCGGAUCUAAUGUGCGAUGGGAAUAUGCUACACCUCAUGUCUUUGAGGCUUUCAAAGAAGGGAUCAAUCGUCUUUCAGACUAUCGAAUAGUUUUCUCAUUCAACGGUAAGAUGGAACAAGUUAGAGGUAUUGGAUCUCAUUGCAAAAUUACUAGAUGGGCACCUCAGAAAGAAAUCUUGUCGCAUAACAGCACGAGAGUGUUUCUUAGUCAUGGUGGCAUGAAGAGCGUCAAAGAUGCAGUAUGUGCAGAAGUACCAGUAGUGUUCAUGCCAGUUUUUGCCGAACAAGCGCAUAAUUCUGAAAUGAUUCGAACUGCAGGUUUCGCUAAAGUUUUGGACAAACACACAUUGACAGCCGACGACUUCGUCCAUUCCUUACUUUCCGUAAUGCAUAAUCCUGAGUACAAGAAACAGGCAGUUCGUUUCAAGAGCGUCAUGGUUGAUCAACCUAUUUCAAGCUUAGAUUUAACUGCUUUCGCUGCUGGCAGAGCUAUUCGUCAAAAGGGAAAAGAAAUUAUGUUCCGCCGGAAAGGAAUUGAUUUGUCCAUGGAAACGUAUUGUUACUUUGAUUUAAUUUCUGUAAUUAUUGGCGUCUUUGUUAUAAGCAUGUCUUAA